GUGUAGUGCCUCUUAGGUGUAAAUUUGAUUAAUAGUUCAUUUUAGUCACAGGGGAAUAUUUCCCCUGCUGUUGGAACCUAAACUGGAAAUUGAGAAUGACCCGGUCCAAAAUAGAACUCUGUGAUGUCACACCAAACAAUAUAAAACAACUGAAGUGCCUUAAUCAAGUUGUCUUCCCAGUGUCAUAUAAUGACAAGUUUUAUAAGGAUGUCUUGGAAGCAGGAGAACUAGCGAAAUUAGCAUAUUACAACGACAGCGUUGUGGGUGCUGUGUGCUGCAGAAUUUAUACAUCAGAGAAUUUGCGCUGUCUGUAUAUUAUGACACUGGGUUGUCUUUAUCACUAUCGCCGGCUAGGAAUUGGUACGAAAAUGGUGGAACAUGUACUGAACUAUGUCGAAAAGGACAGAAAUUUUGACAGCAUUUUCUUGCAUGUACAAGUAAACAACGAAGGUGCCAUCAAGUUCUAUAAGAAAUUUGGCUUUGAGAUUGUUGAAACGAAAGAGUGGUACUAUAAAAGGAUAGAACCUGCUGAUGCUCAUGUUUUACAAAAGACACUUAGACCCCAAUCGUGA